CUUUAAUGACAUUUUUCCAAACCUCAUGGACAACUCUGGGAUAGAGUGUACUGGUCUUGAUGUUAUUCCCUAUCAGGACAUAGAUAAUUGAUUCUAGGUUGACAACCAUUCUAGAAUGUACAGAAGUGUUGGCUAACUAUAUUCUAAACCAUACGGUGAUCCCCAGAGGGAUAAGGCUUUAUCGUUUUGUUAAUGUAUUUUUUUAACUUUGCUUAUUCCAAAUUUCCCUGUUCUGCUACAACUUUCCGAGUAAAUUACAAUUGGAUGCAGGUUCAUCGUUUAAUGUGUUUAGAACUCAAGAAAUUCAUUGACAGAAUCUUGGAAAUAUUACCAGCCAUUGAGUCUGCCCCGCCACGAUGCACAUCGGGAAUACAGGCACUGUGCACAUUAAAAAUUGCAAUGGAUAAAGCAAAAUUACUUAUACAGCACUGCUCAGAGUCUAGUAAACUCUACCUGGCAAUUACAACAGAGAGGAUAGUUUCCAAAUGUGAGAGAAUACGAAAACCUUGGGUAGUAUCUUUGAGUCAAAUUCAAAAUAUGGUCCCAUUCCUGUUGGCUGGAAAGGUUUGAAAUACUUCAAGCCCUUAUUAUAUAUAUUUAGGAAAUGGUGAAUAAUCCGAGAUGUUCAAAUUCAUUUUGUUCUAGAUUUCCAUGCAUGGCUUUGUAGGUUGUAUACCCUUCGGUGCCUCAGUAGUAGUCCCCUUCCCAAUCAACUUUUCCUACUAAACGGUGUUGAAUGGAGUAGAGAAUUAAAAGAGUUUGCACACCUCUGAUGGUUCUACCUCAUAAUGCUGGCUCCACAUGCUCAUGUAGUAUGAAACAUAAUUAACUGUGACUGUUGUUUUAAAGGAUCCUUACUUGUUUCACAGACUUCCAAAAUGGACUCUACUGAAGAGUCUCAGUUUCCUUUUGUCUUCUUCUUCAUCCCUUUUAUUUUUUAUUUUUUCUAUCUUGCUUUAAGUUUGGAAAUUCUAAUUUGAAAAAUUGUUAGCUGUACUUUUUGACGACCUUAUAUUGUAUAUUCUGUCUUAAGUACUCCAAGUCACUACAUUAUGUCUGGUCAGUGCACCUUUUAAUCCCUCAACUAAAUAUUCAAAUUGAACAUUCUCUGUAGAUAUCUGGAAUUGCCCGUGAUCUUAGGCACACAAAGUUUCCCCUUACACCUACUGAAGAAGAGGCUGGGAAGGUUAUAUUAGGACUACUUCGACAAGCAAUUCUUGUGUCCAAUUCUGUAAAUGAUUUAGAACUCGAGGCUGUUCAACUUGCAGCUUCGGCACUAAAAAUUACAUUCCCUUCUGCAAUUUUGAUAGAGAAAAGAUCUAUUAAGCGUUUGCUUGAUAAAGCCACUGACACAGACCCUAAGAAACAAAUCUUGAAGUGGUUGUUCUAUCUUUUGAGGAAAUAUGGAGAAAUAAUUGGAUGAAACCAGGAUGAUGACAGCCAUAUGCAGCGUGAUGAGACUCGAGCCAAUGACUUUGGUACAUCCGAACCUCCCAAGGAGUUCAAAUGUCCCAUCUUUAUGCAGGUGAUGCAUGAUCCAAUGAUUAUUGCUUCUGGGAUGACGUUUGAACAAUUUUGGAUAGAGCAAUGGUUUAAUGAGGGUAACCAGACAUGCCCUAUAAGUCAUAUGAAGCUUGACAACUUGUUCAUGGCUCCAAACUCUAUUAUGAAAGAACUCAUUGAUGCUUGGUCUUCCCAGCAGGGGAUUACUAUUCCUGACCCAUAUUUAGAACCAAACAUUUCCUCUCUCUUCUCCCGGGAUUCUUCAUUUUCUAGUUCCAUUGCCAGCUUUCCUAGUUCUGUGAAUAAGAACCUUCAUCUUAGGGCUGUGUCCAUACGCUCUUCUAGGACUGAUGAUGUUUCAGAAAUUUUAGAUGACUUUAAUGAAAGCAGAUUAAGUUGUAGGCAUGGACAGAAGAAUGCAGUUUCUGAAAAACUUAACCACUCUACAGAGACUUAUGGAAACAUGUUGGCUUCUCUUUCCAGACUUGCUGCACUUUCAUGGGGAUCACAGUGCAAGACAGUUAGAGAUGUGAACAAAACACUUCAGGAAAAUAACCACGCAUGUCAUACUCAAUUUCCAAUAGUUGUGUCGAACCUUUGAUUAAUUUUUUGAAGGAUGCACAUGAAUUAACUAAUGUAAAAGAACAGAGAGAUGGAGCAGAGGUGCUGUUGGCUAUUUUGAGAAAUAACAGCAGUGAAAUGCUACUGUUUGAUAAAGAUGGGAUUUACAUGUUGGCAUUGUAUAUUGAAACUGAAAUCACUGGAGAAGUCCUUAGUAUCAUAGAGGUUUUGUCUUCCCAACCUGAAUACAAGUCUAUGAUAGUGGCAUCUGGUGUUCUUCCUUCCAUUCUUAAAGUCCUCAAUACCAAGACUCGGGACUUUCAUAGUAUUGCAAUGAAGAUACUGUGUAAUUUGUCCUACAAUUGUGAUAUUGGAUACCAUAUGGUGUAUUUGGACUGCAUUCCAAAGCUGAUUCAGUUAUUGGGUGAUCCAGAUCUAGCACGGUUUUGCAUUGAGAUCAUUAGGAACCUAUGCAGUAUAGAGGAGGUUAGGAUUGUAGUAGCUGAAACCAGCUCAUGCAUCACUAACAUUUCCCAAAUACUCGAAACUGGGACAAAGAAGGAACAAGAACAUGCUGCAGGUGUUCUUCUUUUUGUAUGUCGUGAGCAUGCUGAUUUCUGUCAACUGGUCAUGAGAGACACCAUCUUACAAUCUUUAGUUGAUCUGUCUCUCAAUUGGAAUUCCAGAGGUCAAAUAAUUGCCUCUGAAUUGCUCCUCCUCUUGGAACAUGUCAAAGAUGAUCCUGCAGAGUGUUCAAUUCCUGAAACUGAUCUGGCCCUGCUCGACAUCUCAACCUCCUCCAGUAGCCAGUAUGAAGAUAAGAAACCGCCUUUCAGGGCACUUCGGUUCUUCGGAAAGAUUUUAUCACUAUAUUUGUAACGCCCUGUACCCGGAAAGGUUAAAAAAGUUAGCCCCUGUUACUGUAAGGUCCUUGAUAGAACCUAAUGCAACCCAACACAAGAACGCACACAGGAAGCAACUACAAUCAUCCACAGAAAGUAAAACACUCAAUAAUGUAUGAACAAGAUUCCAUUGCUAAUCUUGCAGAGAAUCUUCGAGGGAUCUUCAACCU